AUGGCGGCUGAAAAGCCUCCCAGUCUGAAUAAAGAACAUCUCAGUCGAUUGCCGGACGCCAGAAGACAUUCGCUAGUUUUCGACUGGUUAACUGAAGUUCAAGAUUUUCUUCGACAAACUGACCCAGUAAUCGUCCGAAAAUGCCAGCCCGAGUUGACAAAAGAACUGGAUGCCCUUCUCCUUUGCAAUGCAGCCCCUCCCGUUCGUCGUCUGACAGCGGAAGCGAUGGCUAGAAUGUACAGUAAGGGAAACCCCUUUGGCGCUUACCAGGUGGUUAUUACUUGCGCAGAUCUUGUGCAAAAGAAGCCAGAAGCGAAAGAAUCAAAUGGCCAGCGAUUGUUUGCGCUAGAAGUGAUCGGAACGCUCUUUCAAGAGCUCGGAAGACUUCUCGGAUCCUGCAUGAUGGAUACGAUCUCUUCGUUACUGAUAGGACUGAAAGUGAGCGAAGCGACAAGAUGCGAGACCCUAACGGCGAUUGGAAAGGUUCUUUCUGGACUGGAGAAUUCAGCCUCCAUGUUUCAUGCGAAGAUUUACAAAGCUGUCAGGCCUUACAUGACACAUUCCUCAGUCAAUGUUCGAUGCAGCGCCGCAGAUUGCCUAUCACAACUCGCCAAGUUCUACCCAGCCCUGCUGGUCCAGUCCGAAUUCGAAGCUCUCUUCUCUCUCGCCGCGAAAUACAUGACCAACGAGGGGCGGACGAAAAGCUUCUCCAUCCUCAUCGCGAAUCUCGCCCUCUCAGCGCUCAACAACAACAUCAAACUCCCGCCAGACAACAAAAAGGAUCGAAAACCAACGCUCCAAGAAGUCCUCGGAUACUUCAGACAGGCGUUUAUUACCGGAGCUUGCGUUCAAAAGCGCGAAAUUUUCAAGCAAGACAUUUCGCCUUCUAUCGUCAAAUUGGGAAUCGCAGAUGCGCAUGUCUUCCUCAUUCGAGGAUUGGGAUCGAAUUGGCUUGAGUCAAACUCAACGCUGUUUCUAGGGCAUAUUUUGGGCAUUGCGAUGGAGCCAAGAACGACCCAGAGUCACCAAGAAGCACUGUACACUUGUCGCCAGCUAAGGAGGAUCCUUUUCGAAACAGUGGGCCAAUUACUGCCUGAAAAGGCGCAGCUUCAAGCGAUGAAGGUCCUGGGCCAGUUCAUUUGCGACCACUGCGCCUCGCCGGAUAUCCAAAGCGGCUAUGCCCUCUCCCUUGCUUCUCAAGCCAUCACUUCUGUAACGCUCAUUCUUCAAUCAUCCUCCUUGCCUUCUCUUUCCGACGGAACAGUAACAACUGGUCUUCAAUCAACUCUUUGCCACGAGCUUCCCAUGGCUCGUCUUUCCGCGGCCUGGUGUCUCCGGCAAAUCGCCCUGUCCCAGCCUUCCCUUCACUGGUCAAUUUUCAACACUCUCGUCUCCAGACUGUGCAAAUUCAAGUCUAAUCGUAUCGCCGUGGAAGGCCACACAUGCGCUUUGGUCGCCAACUUGAGCUCGAUCGGCUUGUGCCGCCAUACUGUCAUCGAAUCAUGCCACAUUAAUCCCAUUCUGGAAAAUGCCCAUGAUCUUUUGAAAUCCAAGUCCGCAGAUGCCGCAACUUCUCGUUCGAAAUUCCUUGGCGCCUGGCUACUGUAUUGUGGUGUUCUUUCAGUUCCUGAAACGAGUGACGAAAUUGUUUCAACAAUUUUGAGUCAGGCUUCGGCGUCGUUUCCGAGCGGAGAUGUCAAAGGAGCGUAUUUGAAAGAGCAAAAGCUAGAAAGUUGCGAUCAAGUUCGUCUCAUCGUCGAAUCCCGAUCUGGAGCACUCAAAGCGCUCAAGGUCUUUGUAGAAGAACAUCCAGAACUAGUCAGUAAACAGUCUGAAACGAUCGUGAGAAUUCUCCGGGCGGCGCUAGAAUAUCUCUCGCAUACCGCAAAAGUCGUUUCAACCUUCGGCCAGCCCCUUGUUUCCGUCGUUCAUUACUACAAAAUGGUUCUUUAUUCGACCCUUUCAGCCUGUCCGCGAGAGUUGUGGGAACAUAGCCUUUCGGAUCUUCUCAAGCAUCUAGUCUCCGACAUCACUCUGGCCGAAUCCAACGAAUUAUACACCACAUCCUUGCUCGACUCAUUAGUGGACGUCCAAGAUCUAGAAUUAUUAUCGGACGGGAAUAUCGUUCAAACAUGCAAAAUGCCUCUAGGAUGUCUUCAGCACUCAGCAUCAAGCAUAAUCACCAAGUCUGUAGACAUGCCCGAACCGCUUCCUCUCCAGAAUCAGCUGCUAGACGAAGCUUGUACCCUCUUUGGCCAGGCAUUUCCACUCUCCGCGAUCAAACACAGAGCGCAAAUUGCCAAUCACUUCAUUCAAUGCCUCCGUCAAGUUCGAAAAGAUCGCCGGGUUUUUAUCCAAGUCAACAUUCUAGCAGCGUUUUCUCUUGCCCUCAAAGAAUGCAGCAGACUCAAAGGUACUGUUGGCGACGAACAAGUUAUAAAAGCCACCGCGGAGUUGCUCAUCUCCUUCGUUUCUCACCCGAGCCCGAUUGUCAAGUGCGUAGCUUCAUCCGGCCUUGGUCGGCUGGCGCAAUUGAACCCACAUUUGAUCAACAGUCUCGCACAAUUGUCCUUCGAAAAGAUCAAGGACCCGAAAUCAACGGAAGCGGCAAAGUCGGGAUUCUGCCUCGUUUUGGGCGAUUUACAUAGAUUUGUCGGAACUGGUGCAAAAAACUCCCACAUCCGGACGACUUGUUCAAUUCUUCUCUCCAUCGCGAAUGAUGCCAGGCUUGGGCAGGUUCAGACUUGGGCGACAUUCGCGCUGUAUUUGGUCGUCGACGCUGUUGGCCCGAACUACACAUCUUUUAUCGAACCGACGGUGGAUUGCGUUUUGGAUCAACUGCUUGCUGCAAACUCAUCCAUGCAGAAUGUCAAGUGUUUGUCAAAGUUGUUACAGGCGUUAAUUACUGUCAUUGGCCCGGAAUUGUCAAUGGAUGAAGACUCCCUAAGGACGAUAAGAGCUUGCAUAGCCGUGCUAGAAUCAACAACAGCGGUUCAAGAAGCGAUUUCCUGUGCCCAAUGUCUUCAAAUGUUUGUUCCAAAGGAAGAGAAUCUCUCAAGAAUCGUCCCCCGUCUUUGCGAGUACUUAAACUCCAAUCUCGACACACAGCUUCAAUCCGUCGCCGUCGGUUGUAUCAGGCAACUGUCACAAAGAAACCCAAGAGAUGUUUCAAUCCUCUGUGAAGGGAUCUAUCCCAAUGGAAUUGAGAGCAAAUUGUUUGAUCUUUUCGAAAUACCGGAUGGAAUCGCGCUAAAUCAGGUUCGAGACACGCUAAAUCUCCUCCUAACAGCAAGAAUCGAGGAAAAAACAAGCUUCUGGAUCGCUCUUGUCCGAGAAGUCUUUCAAGCAUCCCAUGCUGCUGUCAAUGAAAGUUCUAAUAACCUCGGAGAAGACUCAGAAGAAGAAGACGACGAGGAGAAAAUGACGAUGAACGAAGGCGAGAAGAAAGAAAAGCCGCAUUGGAGGACACGUGUUUUCGCAGCUGAGAUUUUGAGCAAUAUCAUGGAACACUGCGUGGAUUCUGGUCACCGAGCGCACUUCGAUUUGGAAUUAUGCAGACAAGAAAAGGGAGAUAAGAGCCAAUUUCUAGUGACGCACUUGUCAGAUCUGAUCCGCUGCUUUUUCAUCGCCGCUACGGACUCAAACACGCAGCUUUCUAUCGCCGGUUUGACCUCCCUAGAACGUUUAAUCGAUCUUUUCAAAAACUCGAUGGACCCGGAUGUCGCUGGAAGCUUUCUUCUUGAGCAGUACCAAGCAAAUAUCUCCGCUGCUCUUCGCCCUGCCUUUUCUAGCGACUCGUUGCCUCUCGUCUCCGUCCAAGCUUCUAGCGUCGCCGCAAAGUGGCUCAGUUCUGGCGUCGCGUCAAGCACCAACGAUAUCCAGCGCGUCUACCGACUGAUGGUUUCCUCCCUCGAUUUGAUCCGAUACCCGACAAAAGAAGGUCACGCGUCGCCGAAAAUGUGCCAGCUGAAAGACGAAGCAUGCAUCAUGUCUUGGGCAGAUAUUUACAUCGCUGCCGCCGAGCAAGCCACGGGAGGGUUUAAAUUUGGCCCAGAGAGGGAAUUGCCGCCAGAUGGAAUGUUGAACUUGGUCAGUGUAGAAUUGACGGACUUGAAGAAGAUCUGGAUCUCCUUCUUGGCCAAAUCAUCUAAGCAACGAAUAUGCAAUUCUAUCGCUCACGCAGUCGCAAUCUUGACAAAACUGGACGAAUACUGGAACGAAGCGGAUGAGCGCGAAAUAAUCGUCCAACUCAUCACUGGACUCGCUGUUGAAACUCUUCUAGCUCCAGCGUCGAGUAUUUCUGCUGAAGACGCGCUGCAUGCGACCUCUGCCCUGGCAAAGAUUCACUUCGACGAGCUUUCAUCAAAGAUGGACAUCUUGCAGGACAUUCUGAGAGUUGCUCAUAGAGUAAUCAUCACUAGAAAUGAAGAAAAACUGACAGAAAAGGCGUUGGAGAUAUCGACAAGAAUCAUUUCUUCCGUGAAGCUCAACGACGAUCUCAGACAAUUUGCGCUAGAAACUACCAUAUGUGCGUUGGAAAAAUCGUGUUCUGAUGCAUCCCUUGGCUUCAUUACGCAAAUGCUCAAGAACCUCGUGGAGGAGGAAGAGUCAGAUAAGCUAAUCCUCUCGUACGCGUUGUCAUCCCUCCUUUGCCUCACGAUUUGCCGCUUCCCAUACAGUUCCUCGUUAGUAUCUACUGUUGUCUCGAUUCUCGGGAUCGUCAAAAAUUUUGAUGACAAGAUAGUUCACUCUAUCAUAAUGCGCUACUGCGAUCUGCCUGUACAUAAACACUCGGUGAAUCUAUCCACCACCGUUGCCGCCUUCUUCAUUGCAAACUAUCAUCUCCAACUAUCCACGGCUCAUCUCAAAGAUCUCUGCAAGGUGUUCGUCCACGGCUUGGGUAAACAAGACUCUCAAGCGCAGACAGUCCAACUUAUCCAGACCUGCCUCAAAAAAGCAGACGAAAGGCUUGAAAAAGUUUUGAUAAAUGAUGUUGGAAGCCAUGUAAGCCGACUGAUCUGGGAAAAUCUCAUGUCUCCAAGGGAUACACUUGAAGCAAUGAAGAUUUUUGCCCAAUUUGCUGAAAAUAAUGAAUGCGGACAGAUAAUCUACGUCCGACUUCUCUUCAACUUGUUGCAGAAGGAAAUCAAAACCCAAGAAGUUCUACAGCUAUUCACAGUUGCUUCUGGCUCAUAUUCGCAAACAGUAAAACGGGUGCUCCUGUCCGACAGUCAGUUCAAACUCAUCGUCGAAAAAAGCGUGCGGGCGCAGCAAAAUGCACAUUCAGCGUUGGCGGAGUCCCGUGAUGGCGCCCAGCCAAAGAUCGAGCUCAAAAUGAAUUUCUCCAACUACUCCUGA